UCCAUAUCAGCAAAGAAGUUUCUUCCGUCCUGAAAUAAUCUGUUACAAAGUCGUCGCAUGUCAACAUUUUUCCUUAACUUCUGCGUAUCAUUGUUUCAGUUUUAACGGGAAUAAUGUCGAAGGUAGUACUAAAAGCUUUCCUAGAGAAAAAGUCCGUGGACAAAAAUAUUUUUGUGCACAACCCGGGCUACCAUAAUCGAUGGUUCGUUUUGGAUGACGAAGCUUUGAGCUAUUUUGACGGCAAAAUAACGAAAAUGAACGAGGAGAAAAAAGGAGAAAUAAAGUUGAGUAUGAUCGGCGGAGUCGAGGCGGUCAAUGAUUGUCAUCUUGAUGGAAAAACUAACGUCAUUCAGGUGAUCCAUCAGUGUAGAGGCAGAUACGACUUUUUAAAAUUGUACCUGAUAACUAGAGGCAAAGAAGACCAACAAAAAUGGAUCAGUGCUAUUCGGAAAGGUGCACUUUCAGCGGGCGCCAAGUUUCUGAAGAAUUUUCAUCCAGGUGUACAUGUGGAUGGCGCCUUUACCUGCUGUAGAGGCCAGAGUAUAUUGACAAAAGGCUGCGAAUUGAUGCACCUGUCUGAAGACGGAAUUACUUCAGCUGAUCACGAAAAAACCGAGAGGUCGGCUGCUAAUAUCAACAGGCCACCCCCCAAAAUACCAUCGACUCGUGAUUCUUUAGACGAGCGAAGGUCGGUCAGUAGAAGUAUAAAACAGUCCCCUUCACAAGAAAUAUCUACAUUCAAGAAAUUAUACUGGGCGUCUUAUGACUUUAAACCAAGUUCGGCUGGUGAAAUGGCACUAGUAAAGGACAAUUUAUAUGAAGUAGAAGAGAAUUCGCUGGACGACUGGUGGUUUGCAACUGACUUUCAAAACGGAAAAACCGGUCACGUCCCAAAGAAUUAUCUAGAAGAAGUCACAUCUCUAGAAAAUUACAAGUGGUAUUUUGGCGAAACACCAAAAGAGGAGUGUCGGUCUGCUCUGGAGACGGACGGACGGACCGGGUGCUUCCUGGUUCGCGAUUCAUCAGAGGGUGGCUAUUGUUGUAGUUUUUUUGACGGCGUUACAGUCAAAACUUACCGAAUUAAGAACCCAGAUCCAAAUAGAUUCUUUAUCAUUGGAAAAGAAGAGUUUACAUCAGUGCUUGAACUCAUUGGAUAUUAUCAUCGAAAUACAAUUGGUACCACUUGUUGCAAUUUGACCUGCUUUCCCCGAUGAUUUUAAUGAUGCUGCGGACAUUCCAAUAUCUUGCUUUGUUUUUGGAUCUUUGCAUAUAUAGUUCGUAUGAAAUAAUUUAAAUGUCACUAAGUAAUGCUACCAAAAGAACUCAGAAGUUAUAAUAACAGCGCACAUGCUCUCUUAUCUUCUUUAUUGACAAUUUUUACCAGUUUUCCGUUGGGGAGAAAAAUGACUGUCAAUCAAAGGGUACCCCUUUUGUACGGAUAACUCCUCCAUCAGUUUUCAAGAUCAGACGUUUUUAGUUUUGUAUAUCAAUUGUACAUAUAUCAUUGUAUUUUGAUAAGAAAUGAAAAAUAUAUACUAACUGUUGAGAUUGUUUUUUGCAUAAUACAUUGUAUUGAAUAUGAUUGUCCCUAUCAUACGGAUAACUCCUCCAACGGUUUUCAAGAAAGAAAGAAUUUUGUAUUGCAAACCAAUUGUUCAUGUUUCGGAAAUGUACUAUUACAAAAAAAAUACCAACCGGGCUUAGCCAUGUCUUUACAUAGUACUGGUAUUGCAUAAAGAGUACUAGUACACCUAUUCGGUUAUUUUUUAUUGUCGUUUUUUUUUUUGAAUUUUUCAAGAUUAGAACUUUUUAGCUUACCUGAGCUAAAAGCUCAAGUGAGCUAUUAUGAUAAGUUUUUCCCAGCAUCUGUCUGUUAGUCUGCCUGUCCGAUUGCCCAUAAUAUUUUUCACAAUGCCCAGUAAAGAUGUAACUAAACCUGUGGAAGCAUCCUCGGGUACUGAAAAUUCAAAAUUACAUGUAUAUUAUUCCUUUGAGUAAAGUGGGCGCCAAUAGGGGUGGAGGUGUCAGAAUUUUACAUUGGAAUAUUUAAAGAAAAAUAUUUUUAAAAAAUUUUCCUGUCAAAACCAAUUUGCCAACAUUUUUUUUUGUAUGGAAGCAUCCUCAGGUAGCGUAGAUUCAAGAUUGUUUAAAUCACCUGGGGAUAGGGUGGGGUCACAAUGGGAGAAAGUCAAAAUUUUACAGUGGAAUACAUAGAGAAAAAUCUUUUCAAAACCACUUGGUCAGAAAAACUCUAAUUUCAGUUAAAGCAACUUCAGAUAGUGUUAGAUCGUCAAAGUAGUGGUCUUCGGAGGUAGGGAAGGGCCACAUUGUAGAGUUGAAUUUUACAGAAAAAUUUUAACAGAUUACUCUCAGAAAUUCAAAUGUUAGUAUUAUUCAUUAUAUGUAGACAUUUUAACAUCUUGAUCUUGAUUCUUAAUUGUUUAAACUGAUGCCCCAUAACAAUUCUAGGACCCCACAAGAGGGUCCAAGUUUGAUGUAGGUUUUUAUUUAUAUGCAUUAUUUGAUAUUACUGGUACAAUUUAAAAUCUACUACAUUAUCCAGAUUUUUAUUUACUAUUUCUGCUCAGGCGAGCAAUGUAGCUAAUGUUCUUUUGUUUUGCAGUUCAAUUGCGAUAUAAACAAGAUUUGUAUAUCACUCGUACAUGUAUUUUGUUUUUGUUAAUGUGUUUCAAUUUAAAUUAUUUUUAAUAAAAUUUGUACCUCUGGAGUAUGU